AUGACGGAUAUUCGUCCUCUCGCGAAGCGCCAAGCCUUUGUGUUUUGGACACAGAUGAAGCUUGGUCUGAUUCCUAACGUGGACGAGGACAAUUGGAUUGACCUUGGAUUCUGUACGGCUCCCAACUGGCAGAGCUUGUUGCACAUGCGGCGCGCCUACCGGAAGCUUCUCCACGAGACAUGUCUCGAUGAGUUCUGGAGCGCCGUAACGCACUCCACUAUCCCAUUCUUGUUCGAAAAGCAUGGCCUGUCUAACGAAAUUUCUGGACUUCGCAACUUCAGAGGCCUAAUGAAAGUCGUCGGGCAAAGUUAUGAAAGUGUCUGGCAGCUUAAGAGGUAUGCCCAAUGGGAGCGAACUGGGCCGGUCUCCGCCGUUGCUGUCGACUACGGAUUUAUGAACUGCAAGACGCCGAAACAGUGUCAGCGUCUCCGCCAGCUGUACGCUGAUUACUUCGCAAAGGGGAAGGAUGAAAUGAAGUUGCAUCAAGCGUGUAUUCGCGGCAACUUGGCCCCAUUUCUCCGAGAAGCUUUGGGUAGACUUUCGGUACCCGAUCAGCUGCUUACCAACGCGUAUCCCGUGGAGCCUCUGGAUCAGAUGGGUAUGAUCACCGUUGGAAAGACCAUCUUUGCGCCGCCGUCAGUCCACAAUGAAGCUGAAAUUGUUGCUCGCGCAGAAGGCAAUGGUGCCAGAGUUGUUUCCAUACUGGAAAGCCAUACGGAUAUUAGGACAUUGAUAUUUAUGUCUGAUCCAUCAAUGGUUUGA